GUUUAGCCGGCAAAGUGUUUAUAAGUGGUGAAACUUGUUCUGUGGCAGGUGAGUAGAAGACUCUUUGUUAACCACAAGAAAAACGUUUCCAAAUCAAACGGAAUUUUUCAAAACGUAGUAUUUACCGAUAUUUUUUUGGAAUAAUAACUGAAUAACUAACAACGAUGUUAGUCAUUUUCAUAUGUUUUGGGCUGUUUAGUAUAUUCUUCGACACGAGUAUAGCUGUGUAUUGCAGUCCUACCAAGAAAAUGAAUUCGGUGCCCUCAUUUGAAUUAGGAAAUGGACGCAAAAUUCCCUCUAUUGGAUUUGGAACAUGGAUGAUGACAAAUUCUUCAGCGGAAGAAGCUGUUAAAACUGCUCUUUCAACAGGAUAUCGACAUAUCGAUACCGCACACGCCUAUGGAAAUGAAGAAGUCAUCGGCAAAGUGUUGAAAGAAUGGAUUUCAUCCGGCAAGAUAUCUAGAAACGAAAUAUUUGUUACUACAAAAUUACCCCCAAAUGGUAUGAAUCCCGGAAGAGUUGCUACCUAUUUGAAACGUUCAUUGGAUGCCUUACAGUUGGAAUACGUUGAUAUGUACUUGAUCCAUACUCCUUUUGGAUUCACUGAAGUGGAAGGAGAGCUCUUCAGGACCCUUGAUGACGGGUCAGUCGAUAUAGAUGUAUCCACUGAUCUCGUGGAAAUAUGGAAGGCAAUGGAAAAACAAUACGACCUGGGUCUGGCUAAGGCAAUUGGUAUCUCCAAUUUCAAUAAAAGUCAAAUAGAAAGAAUCAUUGGACACUGCAGGACCAUUCCGCACAACUUACAAACAGAGCAUCAUAUUUAUCUGCAACAACCAGAGCUAAUCGAAUUCUGCCGAAAGAACAACAUAGUAGUGACAUCCUACUCAUCUUUGGGUAACCGUGGCUUGUCUGCUUUGGGACAGGAUAUUCCUGACAUUCUGUCCAAUCCUACUGUCCUCAAAAUGUCUAAGAAGUAUAAUAAAACUCCAGCACAAAUUUUGCUGCGACAUAUUCACCAGAAAAACAUCGUUGUUAUUCCGAAGAGUAAAAAUCCAGAAAGGAUAAGAGAAAAUUUCAAUAUUUUCGACUUUCAGUUGGAUUCCCAAGAUAUGAAGGAGCUGAACGACCUGAAUCGUGAUUUGAAAUUAUUGAAUUUCGAACUAAUGUUCAAGGGGGUCAAGAAACAUCCAGAAUAUCCAUUCUAAGCGAAUCAGGCGUGAGGAAUCAACUGGAGUUCUCUGGAUAGUUUCAUUCAAAUUCAAGACAGUUCAUAUUUUUUUCUAAUAAAAAAACAGUUUUUCAUGAUGAAUAAAAAUUAAAUCAAUAU